AUGACUGAAGCCAAACAAGAUUUAAUCGAGUUAUCAACAAAUCCUUUAGAUGUAUGGAUAAAUACACAUUAUGAUGAAUUGUGUGCAGGUAUGACGUGUGAAAAUGCUCUAUUCUGCAAACCAUCAGACAUGAAAGACAAGAAUUUUCAAAUGAGCAUUAAGGAUAAAUGUGAUAGGAAACAUAGAAGAAUAGACGGUAAACAAACAUGGUGUUAUGUUUUGAAAGAAGAAAUGAAAGGAUUAUAUAAACAGGUUGAACCAAACGAUAAUGAGGAUUCAUUUACUGACGAUGAAAUACCUGUAAAUGAUGCUUUAUAA